AUGCAGCUGCUGGAUCUUUGCUGCAGGGCCUCACUACUGCUGCUGUUUAUGCCGUGGGCUGCUGGUGAAAAUGAUGCGGAGCUGCAGUCCUUGCAGGAGCUCCUGGAGGCUUUGGAGCAGCUCCAAGAGGAGGAAGGGGCACCAGCCCUGGAAGACGAGCUGGGUGCUGGGGCUGAAGUUGGUGGCUCUGAGUGGGAUCUCCAGGGGCUAGAAAGCAGCCCGGUGGGUGCCCUGCUGCCAGCCCCCAGCCCUCCCCAACCAGCGGAGGGACAGAGCCAGUGGAGGAGCCUCCUCUCCUCCUUCGGACGGAGGCAUUUCUCCGGCUGCUUUGGGACGAGGAUGGAGAGGAUCGGCGCGCAGUCGGGGCUGGGAUGCAACCACUACAAAGCCCGUUUCUGGAGGAGAAGGAGAAGCUGA